UAUGAACCCUAGGCCACUAGGGUCGUCAGUGCCCAAAUAGAAUAUACCGAAACCUACAACUGAUAACCGUCUCUCCACUUCCUCUCCUUAAAAUGAAGCUGCAUUUGCUGCUUCUCUUCACGGCCUUUACCACCGGCAGCCUCCUAGUCUCCUCCCAGCCACUGACACAGCCGGAAACCGGCCGGAAGAAGCCCGACAACGAGACCAUUUACAGGGUUUCCAAGCAGCUGUGCUGGGGCUGCGUAGGCGAGUCUCUCCAAUUCUUGUUCGCACACAACUUGGUCAGGGCGGCAAAGUGGGAGCUGCCACUUAUGUGGGACUCGAACCUUGAAAAGUACGCGAAAUGGUGGGCCGGACAGAGAAAAGCAGGCUGUGAGUUGGUGCAUUCGUUCCCGGAAGGCGAAUUCAAGCUAGGGGAGAAUAUAUUCUGGGGCAGUGGCACAAGUUGGAGGCCUAACGACGCCGUUGGGGCGUGGGCCGAGGAAGAGAAGUACUACUCCUAUAGCUCCAAUACAUGCGCUGCGGGCAAAGUGUGCGGGCACUAUACGCAGAUUGUGUGGAAAAGCACGCGCAGAAUUGGCUGUACUCGAGUUGUUUGUGACACUGGAGAUGUGUUCAUGACUUGCAACUAUGACCCUCCUGGAAAUUACAUUGGCGAGAGGCCAUAUUGACGGGUUCUAGAGAUUAAGCUAGCUAUAUGUAUAAUAUUAGUUACUUGGAAGGCCACAAGAAUAUUUGUUUAUAUAUAGACAUGUGUAAGUAGACAUAGGAGUUAUGUGGCGAAUGUUGCAUGCAUGCGUUACCUAUGUCUCAUGUAUGACAUAUCAUUGAUGUAUAUAUGUUGCUGAUGCAGAACUUUAAUAAAUAUAUAAUAAUAUCUAUCCAACUUCAUA